GAGUAUGACUUCUGAUUCCUCAAUUAUUAUGGUUAUAUAAGGCUACCUUACCAAAACCUUAUUUAAUAAUUAGCUUGUAAUCACACAUCAUGAAGCAUCUAAGAAGCUACGUAAGCCUUAGCAUCUUUUCUUCCUUUUUCCUCCAAGCCUAUAACUAUAUUCAACCCAAUCUGCAUUGGACCAAGUGUGGAAAGACAUUUUCCCUAGCUUCCUCUUUGCCUAGAAAGCAGGUAAUGUUAUUUGUUUUGCACAAGCUAGUUAGUAAUCUCCAUAAGCUUGUAUUGAAUUGGAUGCUGUGACAAAUAUGGAUGGGAAAAGCUCUCUACAAAUAACUAGAAGUGGUACGGGUGAUUAUGAUGAUGAUGGACAUGCCAAAAGGACUGGGAAUUUGAAGAGUGCUGUAGCUCAUAUCAUUACUGCUGUUAUUGGUUCUGGUGUUCUUUCUCUUGCAUGGAGCACUUCUCAAUUAGGGUGGAUUGGAGGGCCAAUUGCCCUGCUUUGUUGUGCAAUUGUCACCUAUAUUUCUUCAUUCCUUCUGUCUGAUUGCUACAGAACUCCUGAUCCUGUAACUGGGAAAAGAAACUACUCUUACAUGGAUGCAGUUAGAACUUAUCUUGGUAUUAAAAGAACAUGGAUAGCUGGCUUCCUUCAGUUUUUGACUUUAUAUGGGACUGGUAUUGCAUAUGUUCUAACCACAGCAACAUGUCUGGGGGCAAUUCUGGCAUCAAAUUGUUAUCACAAGAAAGGGCAUCAAGCUCCUUUUCAUUUUCAGGGGAACCUGUAUAUGGUGAUGUUUGGAGUUGUUCAAAUUGUAAUGUCAUUCAUACCAGAUCUCCAUAACAUGGAAUGGGUUUCAAUUGUUGCCGCACUCAUGUCCUUUACAUACUCAUUCAUUGGACUAGGACUUGGCAUAGCAACAGUCAUACAAAAUGGAAGAAUUAUGGGGAGUUUGUCAGGAAUACCAACUGAUACAGUUGCUGACAAAUUUUGGGCAGUCUUCCAAGCACUUGGUGACAUUGCCUUUGCCUAUCCAUACUCAAUUCUCCUUCUUGAGAUUCAGGACACUUUAGAGUCUCCUCCACCAGAAAACCAGACCAUGAAAAAGGCCUCAAUGAUUGCAAUCUUCAUUACAACAUUCUUCUACCUGUGCUGUGGAUGCUUUGGAUAUGCAGCUUUUGGAAAUCAGACACCAGGAAAUCUCUUGACAGGCCUUUUGAAAGGGUCUGGGUUUUAUGAGCCUUUCUGGCUUGUUGACCUUGCUAAUGUUUGCAUCAUUAUUCAUUUGGUUGGAGGAUAUCAGGUCUACAGUCAACCUAUAUUCAGUACUGCUGAUAGAUGGGCUUCAAGAAGAUUCCCCAACAGUGGAUUUGUGAACAAUUUCUACAAAGUGAAACUGCCUUUAGUUCCUGGUUUUCAGCUAAACCUUUUCAGGUUCUGUUUUAGAACAACCUAUGUGAUUACAACAGUUGGUGUUGCAAUCUUGUUUCCUUACUUCAACGCAAUUCUAGGAGUGUUAGGAGCCAUAAACUUCUGGCCAUUGGCUAUAUACUUCCCUGUAGAGAUGUACUUUGUGCAGCACAAAGUUGCAGCUUGGAGUAGAAAAUGGAUUGUUCUGAGAACAUUCAGCUUUGCAUGUUUUCUUGUGAGUGUAAUGGGGUUAGUUGGAUCAGUUGUUGGCAUUGUAAAAGAAAAAUUGAGCUGAAAGUUUCAGCCACUCCCUUUACUACAAUGCUUACUAUAUAUUGAGUUCAUAGAUUGUUGAUGCUUUUCUAAUGUUUCAUGUAAAAAGGUUUAAAGUUGAUGAUGGUAGUGUUAUUGAGAGAUAUAGAUAGAGAAUGAGCAAUUGUGGGGAAUGUGUGAAAGUGAAUAAAGUGGUACUACUCAUUGGAAUAAUACAAGUUUUGUUGAUGCAGAACUCCCUUUUUAGGAUAGUUCUAACAAAUUUGUACUUUGAUGUUAAUGUACUUGUACUUCAUCAAAAAGAUUAUAUUAAUUCAUCACUUAAUCAUUAUUAA